AUGGCCCUCGAGUGCAAGGACUUCGAGAAUGAGAUGACGGAGGUGGACCGACUGCUCGAGGACUACGAGGGCGAGAAGGCGCUGUCGGUGUUGGAGGGGCUGGAGGAGCGCGUCGGCGAGCAGUCAUGGGCCGAGUUCGCCCAUCGAUUCGCCCAGGCCAACUAUAUCGUCUACAAUCAGAUGAGCAGCGGCACCGCCAAGGAACGCCAGCAGUUGCUCAAGAAGGGCCUGGCCGCCGUGGAGAAGGCGCACAACCUGGACAAGACGCAUCUGGCCGUGUUGACGCAGUGUGCUGUGCUGACGGGUACACUGGCUGAGGCGAGCUCUGUCGGUGAUCGCGCCCGUCUUGGCUACCAGUUCAAGGUGUACCUCGACGCUGCCCUGGCCCAAGCACCCGACGACUUUUCGCUGCUCCACAUGCGCGGCCGGUUCCUCUUCCACUUGUCCGAGUUGUCCUGGCUCGAGAAGAAGGCGGCCUCGGUGCUGUUCGUGAAGUUGCCGGAAGCGAGCUACGAUCUGGCGCUGGUUGAUCUGUUGAAUGCCCACCGGAAAGUGCCGUUGGCCAUCGACAAUCUGCUGUACAUUGCCAAGUGCUAUUUGGGGAAGAAGGACAAGGGCGAGGCUCGCAACUACCUCGAGACGCUGGUCAACCUGGAGGCGAUCGACGCGACCGACGAGGAGCAAAUUGCCGAGGGCCGCGAGAUGCUGAACAAACUUGGA